UCCCGCAUUUGUGAAGUCGUGAAGGUAUCCUCAGGAAUACACCGUCUGUCUGAUUGGCUGAAUUUUUCGGGUUGCGUUUAGGGACGUACGAAUUUGUCCGUUUAUCAGACAACUUAAGCUGUGAGCGCAAAAAAACUAAAUAUGUUCCCCACGAUACUACUACCACUGGGUGGUACAGCAAAAUUCACAAAUAUUUAAACAAAUUGCAUUAUUGUUUGGACGAAUUUGGCUGUACAAUUGAAUUUAAGACCAGGCAAUUGCGUUGGGCUGCUUGCUAGAGGCUUUUAUUUUGACAGUGGGACAUUUACCCGGAAAAUACUUACUGUAGCGACACACGAAUUGUCGAUAGUCUCAGGUCCAGGAGGAAGACUUUGACAGUCUUUUAAGAAACUCCACUGUACAACCUCAUGUUCAGUGUUGCAUGAACUCUAGGGUUAUGUUAAGAAGUGUAUUCAGGUGCCUUAGGACCAAUCCUGUUGCUGGCCGAAGGAGUAUGUCUCAAAGUAGCCUUGCUGGAAAGGUAGCCAUAGUCACUGCCUCCACAGAUGGAAUUGGUCUAGCUGCAGCUCAGGCUCUGGGAAAGAGAGGAGCCCAUGUGGUGGUGAGCAGCCGGCGGCAGGUCAACGUGGACAAGGCUGUGGCACUGCUGCAGAGCCAGAGCAUCCAAGUGACCGGGACCACCUGUAAUGUUGGCAAAGGAGAAGACAGAGAAAAACUGGUUCAAAUGACUCUAGAUCAGUGCGGUGGGAUUGAUAUCCUGAUAUCCAACGCAGCAGUCAACCCUUUCUUUGGAAACAUCAUGGACUCUACAGAGGAAGUCUGGGACAAGAUCCUGUCUGUAAAUGUGAAAUCAGCCUUCCUCAUGACUAAGUUGGUGGUGCCUCAUAUGACGAAGAGGGGAGGAGGGAACGUAGUAUUUGUGUCAUCUGUGGCUGGAUACCAACCAAUGCAGGCCCUGGGUCCUUACAGUGUGAGUAAGACAGCACUGCUGGGUCUGACUCGGGUGCUGGCUCCAGAGCUGGCUCACAGUAACAUAAGAGUCAACUGCGUGGCCCCUGGAAUCAUCAAGACCAGAUUCAGCUCUGGGAUAUGGGAAAAUGAAGACGUCAUGGAUGAGUUCAAAAAGCAGCUCAGCAUUAAAAGAAUCGGAGAGCCAGAGGAAAUCGGUGGAGUGAUUGCCUUCUUGUGCUCCGAGGAUGCUUCCUACAUCACUGGAGAGACCAUCACAGUGACGGGAGGGAUGGCCUGUCGACUCUGAAGCUCCUGCGUUGCAUGUUAAUUAUAAUUAUAUAUUAACUUGUGAUGUACGGACACAGCACAGCCAGGAUAAAUCUAAAAACCUUAAUAUAAGAGCUGGAGAGUGAGGCAUGUACAAUUCUCUAUCCAAUUAUUGAAGAUUUGGGUGUUUGUGAACGUCAGUGUAAAGAUUUCUCCUCUCUGAUAAGUGUGACGAAUGAUUUCAUCUUCACAAUGUAUGCGAUAAGAUGACUUUCUAAAUAAAUUGUGAUCUGUGAUCUUCA